CUUUGCUACAGAUGCUAAUGAGUAUAACACAUUCCCUUCUUAAAAUUAGACUAAGACUAAUUUCUUGUGGCUGCUCUGCAGACUCUUCCUUUGAAUGAGGACUAUACCUGCACCAACAGAAGCAUUUUGAAGUUUAGUGUAGGAUGGUACAGCCACUGACAAGAAAUGGCCCUUGCUCUGUGGAAGAACUUACUUCAGACUACAAAGAAAAGGAUACUACAACAGAGAAGGUUGUCACUGUAUAAUGGUACUCAUGGCUAUGAGGAAGAAUUGAUAAAGAAGAAACUUCAGCGGUUUUCUGGUGGAUCCAUCAACCUUUCCAAAGAAGACAAUGGCAUUGGAAUACUUACUUUGAAUAACCCAAAGCUAAUGAAUGCCUUUACAGGUACUAUGAUGGUAGAACUCCAGGAGAGGGUAACUGAACUGGAAAACUGGAAGGAUGGCAAAGGUCUUAUAAUCCAUGGUGCAGGAAACACUUUUUGCUCAGGAUCUGAUUUGAAUGCUGUCAAAGAAAUAUCCAACUCCCAGGAUGGGAUGAAUAUGUGCAUGUUUAUGCAGAACACCUUAACCAGACUUAUGAGGUUGCCUUUGAUCAGUGUUGCACUAGUUCAAGGAAAAGCUUUUGGAGGAGGAGCUGAACUUACCACAGCAUGUGAUUUCAGGUUGAUGACGCCUGGAAGUGAAAUUCGGUUCGUCCACAAGCACAUGGGCCUGGUGCCAGGCUGGGGAGGAGCUGCGCGGCUGGUGCGGAUCGUGGGCAGCGGGGCAGCGCUGCAGCUGCUGUGCGGGGCUGCGCGGGUGGACCCUGAGAGAGCCCUGAGCCUGGGGCUCGCCGAGGACACGCUGCCGUCCUCGGACGGAACCACAGCGAUAGGAGAGGCCCGGGCCUGGCUGAGCCGGUACACAGAGGGUCCGGCCGCUGUCAUUCGGGCUUUGAAAAAGGUGGUGACAGCAGGAAGAGAGCUCCCGCUGGAAGCUGCCCUGCGGACAGAGAAGGACAUUUUUGGAACUGUAUGGGGAGGGCCUGCCAAUUUGCAGGCAUUGCUUAGAAGACCAAAACAUAAAUGAUGGUUUAUGCAUAAGAAAUGGGAUUGACCUUCUUUGCAAACAAAGCUUUCAGUAAAGCAGCCAUUAAAUUGAAUCGUUUAAUGAUUCGUCCAUUUAAAGUGGCGUUAGCAUUCCUGCCAUUUAGGUCAGGCAGGCAUAUUUGGUGUGCAACCACAGAGAAAUCCUGGGCAGAUUCUCUACUGUCCUAAUCACCCACUGAAUAGAGAUUAGUGAAAUUAGUAUGUAAAGGUAAAUACUGUGCUGAAAAUAGAACUAUAAUUCAUUUGGAAUGAGGAUGAAGAUUAUGUUAUUUGGUGUUUUGUUUGGGUAUUUUUUUUGAUUAGUAUGGAAAUUAAUUACUUGAAAGUUACGAGGUUUAUUCAUUUGUGGAACAGGUGCAUCUAAAGCUGCAAAAUAUGAGUUUCCCAAGAUGAGACCCGUGUCUUUAAACAGCUUGGAAGAGAUGAUUACUAGUGGGAGGAUAGCUUUUAUUUUUUCAUUCUAGUUAGUUCUUUGUGUAAUUGCUGAGAAAGUAUCCUUCAAUUUUAAUGGUGCUUUUACAGGAGAAGCUUUGAGUUAGUGAGACGUUUCUAGCACUCGUUCACUAUCACCGAUUCAAGUUUUUAAAUAUAUUUUGUUAUCUUCUCACUGUCAAGGAAUCAACUACCCACACAAGCAUCUACAUAUUCCCAUCUCCUGUACCUGUGCAAAGCUGCUGGCCUGGUUCUUUACACAGAAUCUAGUUGAAAUCUUGGAAGGCCAUGAUGUAUCAUGCACUGAAAUGGCUUGUCCUUGGGUGUCUGGGUGAUGUGAGUACUUCAGCAUUAUGGUAAGAGGUGAGUGGAUAUGUCUGUCUUUCUUCGAUGCGUUUUUACUGGUAGGGUUUAUUUGGGCUGACUAGAAGGUUUAGAACUCAGUCUUUACUUCAUGUGAGUUACUGCAAGUAAUUGGAUAACUCAGUGGGGAAAGUUUUCCCUUUAGAAAUUAGAAACUGACACAGAGUGCUUGCUUUAAAAAUAAACAUCUGUGAGAGCAAAACCAUACAGACGUAUCUAUGACUGAGAGUUUCCUGUACUGUUGGUUAGGAUGCACUUGUCUCUAAUUCCAGCAGGGUCUGAGAUCUGAGCCAAGGACCUGAGUACUCUGUGGGGGAAUGUAAAGAAGGAAGCUCUGGGCUUUGUGCCACUGAUGUGCAUUCUUGCUCUGACCAGGCAUAAUGAGCUUGAGAUCAUGGAACAGGCUCCCUUAAGAAAAGAAGGCAGUAUCUUGGAUGGAAAUCUGUGUUAUGAUUUCUACAGUGUGGCAGGAGCCCCAAGUUUCAGACAUUGAAGUAACUACAUAUGUUUGAGGACUUGGGGACAAAUCAGUGUUGGGAAUUAGGCUUGGAUUGCCUGUUAAGAUUCUGCAGGCUUUGAGCUGAUUCUGUGAUUUGCUGGGGAUGUUUUACUGUAUGGUUUUCACAACCAUGAAUAUAGCCUGAAGCAACCAAGGGAAAUGUUGAGGAAAGGGAUGUGUUUUGAGUUGGCAUCUCAGAGAAGAUAAGGAACUUAUGUCCACCCUGUUGGUCCUGCACCUUUGCCUUAAUAUAUGAAGCACUAAUGGAAGAAAGAUUUCAAAUCUUGCUUCCCCAAAAACACAGUUUAAUUUUUCCUUUCAGGUUUGAGACAGGAAUGAGAACAUGAGGAAGAGAGUAGUGUUUUGGUUUGUGCCUUUCUCCCCCCAGCUCCUUUUUAUCCAGUAGCCCAGUUGUUACUCCUGUGUAGCUGGAUUCUUUCCCAUGCCCUAGAGAGCUUCAAACCCGUUACUUCACAAGUGUGAAUGCUUUAGUAUAAUCAGGCAGCACUUGACUAGUAGUGAAGCUCUUCUGCUUUUCAUGAAGUUUCUCAAGACUCAUAAGGGAUUCCAGACUGCAGCAUCACUGGACCUUCAAGGCACACUCCAGUCGAUACUCAUCCAGCUUUUUUUGAAGCAAUAGCACAUAAUGUUGUUGUGAGUCAAAAAAAAAUUGUUUUAAAGGGCAACUGGUAAUGUCUUUGCUUUUAGCAAGAAUGACUGUGCCAUUACUAAUACUGUGAUUGUUUUUAAAAUUGCUGUGAAAAUUACACAGAACCUGAG